AACAGUUGUCAAAUCUGAAUACACCCAUACAUAGAUGGAAGCUACCGGCUCUACCAAACGGAGUUGAUGUUUCCAUCAAGAGAGACGAUCUCACUGGGGCAGAACUGUCGGGAAAUAAGGUAAGGUCGUUACAGAUAUUAUUCGGCGAGGCGAUGGAGGAGGGUGCGAAACAUGUAGUCACAGGAGGCGGGCCUCAGUCGGGACAUUGUCGGUCGGUGUCUCUUAUCUGCCGGCCAUUGGGAAUGAAACCACACGUAGUAAUCGAAGGUGUUGAAAAGAGAGAAGACCUCGGGUCGAUGGGAAAUACUUUGCUAUACAGAAUGGCGGGCAGCAAACUUUACUUAGCGCCUCAAGAAAAUUACGAGUCUUUCAAAAGAAGAGUGAGAAAAAUGAAGCAAUAUGUUAGUGACACAUACGGAGAGAAAUGUUACUGUAUUCCUGUUGGAGGUGCAACUGGUAAAGCUGUGUUUGCAUUUAUCUCCCUCUUUGACGAACUUCUUCAGCAGGGUUUGCACGACAGAUUUGAUGAUAUUGUAGUAACAGUAGCAACAGGCGGUACUUCCUUAGGACUGGCUGUGGCCAACUACCUCACAGGUUCGAAACUCGGGGUCCAUGCUGUGACUAUUGCACUACGAAAGGAGGAGAUCUAUGAAAACAUGGAUAAAUUGCUUAAAGAAUUAGGAAUAGAUUCCGUCAAAUCUGCAGACAUUCUAGAUAUCAUAGAAGGAUAUGUUGGAGAAAGAUAUGGAACGGCGACGGAGGAAGUAUUAAGUUUUGUAACGGAAGUCAGCUCAUCAACUGGGAUCUUACUUGACCCCUACUAUACAGGAAAAGGGACCAUGGGCAUGGUUGGAGAAUUAGUUAAUAAUCCAUCAAGAUUCAAAGGAAAAAGAAUACUUUUCAUACACACAGGUGGUAUAUUUGGUUUAUUCAAUGGUGAAAUGGACAGAGUCAUUAACAAGGAGAAAGCAGUGACAAAUGAUAUUACACCAUGGCUAGAUGAAAAUGUAUCACCUGUGAGCAUCGAACAGUGAAGAAAGUUUAUUCAGAGAUCAUCAUUGGACCGGACUUUAUAAUGGUAGGACAUUAUGGCACGGAUCAACUUGCAUGUUUCUGUCCUGAAAUGAAGCUGCAAGAUAACUGUUACUACUGAAAUAGAAAUUGUUACGAAUAUGGAAAUUAAGAAUUGUCAUAACUACCUGUUAAAGCAGCAAAACAUACUCAAGUAACCGAGUUCAUAUUGUAAUCAUCUGAAUUUUAAAUGAGAGCCAGACGUAUGGCAUUUAAUUUAAAGGAAAUGGCAAAAAUUCAAGAUAAACAUAACACAACUUUUAAAGUGGACAACCCUAUAUAAACUGUGUGAAGUUUCCCAUAGAGAUGUUCAAACACAUACACACUUGAUUACAUAGGAUCUUAUUUGUCGUUCCUAUCAUUUUACUUAGGUUGUUUUGCAUUACUUUCGAUCUCAGUCUGUUCGCGCAAUUUAAUUUGUGAAAAUAGCUUUCAUCAAUACUUUUUUUAUUAAUGUGUACAAAUAAAUGAUGAAUUUGUUUAAAUUCUCUUGCAAUAAAAUGGUAAUAGUAUUUCAAACAUGUGUCACAUACAAUA